AUGAUGGAUCUAGAGAAACGGCGAAAAGUUUUUACAUUUGUUAUUGAAUCAGGCAUUCGAUUACAAGCAAGGAAUCAAACUAUUUGCUCCGCUUGCAUCCUUACACAUCGAGCUUUGAGCCACGAAGAUAGUGAUGCAUUUUGCCCAUAUGAAGAUGAAAUUGUUGGCAUCCGUGACGUUAUCAACAUCGCAUAUAGUGUGAUAUAUCCGGAUCGGCCUUUGCUUGAUGUCGGGCCAACUUUAUGGAAUUUACGCGAGUCUCUCGUUCAAAUGGAAUAUAUUACUUUGCGGUUUCUCGAUUUUCGCAUGACUACAAGGAAUCCGCAUAAUUUUUUGCUGCAUUAUAUAUCCGCUUUACAACAUUGGUGUCCUCGGGAGUUCGAACAAAAACAUGUUGGAGAACUUUCAUUUAUUUUAUUGCGAGAUGCUCAUGUACAUCCAGAUUGGGUCCUAGCUCAUAGUCCACAGACCGUAGCAAUCAUCUGUUUGUCAAUUGCUUUGAGAGCAUCGAAGGUUAAUUUUCUCAAUUUUCUAUUUAUCUAUAUUUCCAUACAUCAUAUUAUUAUAAACCAGUCACAAUGA